CACGAAUGUCAAGUUCUAUUAAGUGACAAUAAAAAGGUCAAGUUGUAUAUAUACACUAUAUUUAUAAAGAGCCGGAAGUUGUCAAGGAAACCCGUUGUGAUGAGCAUCCUGUGUAGUUUCAGACCACAGUCAUUUGUCACUCAGACGCUCAGAAGAGAGCAUGACUUACAUUCACACAUCCAGAUUGUAUUUGAGGCUCCUGUUUUUAAUUCUGUGCUUUCAGCGAUGCAGUUCUGCAGCUGCUUUGAGUGUGCAGUGUAAAAUCAUCAACUUUGAUUAUGUGGAGUGCAUCUGGCAACGGAACAUGUCCUCAAUGAACUACACCUUCAGCAGUAUGUUUGCGAAUGAUGGCUUUGAUAGAGACUGCCCGGAAUACAUAUUGGAGCAAAAUCACACUGGCUGCAGGAUUCCUCUCAAAGACCAUAACCUUAAGUUUAACAAGUUUAAUGUAACUAUAUACACUGAAGGAAAACACACUGUUUCGAAAACCUUUGAUUCCCUCAGUAGAAAAGUGCUGCUAAACCCACCAUAUAACCUCUCAGUGAUGUGGAACGAGCACAGCGACACACUUUCACUAAACUGGACCAGCAGUGCUCCUGUCAGUAAAAACUGCAUCGUCUAUAUGGUGCGCAACCAGAAAGACCCAAGCCAGUCUUUAAAUGUGACAGAUACGUCAUAUAGUCUGUCUCCAGUCUCUCAGAACAAACUCUAUGUUUUUCAAGUCCGGAGCACAAUCGCUGAUUCCUGCAGUUCCUCCGAUUUUUGGAGUGACUGGAGCGACCCAGUGGAGUGGAGUGGCACAGGGAACAGCAGCAGACCAGGCUGGUUGUAUGCUGUUCUGUUAUUCGCUCUGCUGUCAAUGCUGGGUUUGUUGUUGUACUGUGAGAGGAAAAAGAUCAUCUUUCUUCCCGUUGUGCCUGACCCUAGCAUAAACCUACAGGAUUUGUUUCAUAAGCAUGAUGGAAAUGUUGAGAGCUGGAUCCACAUCUCCAAAGAGCUGAAGGAAGCCUUUCAGCCAGACUACACCGAGCCGUCCUGUGAUGUGUGUGAAGUUUUACCCUCUUGUGACACCAUUCCCAAACCUGAGGCCUGUCCCGAACCUAAGGCCUCUUCAGAUCCCGAGGCCUGUCCUCAAUCCGAAAUCUGUUCCCAACCCGAGGCCUGUUCCCAACCCGAGGCUUAUCCCGAACUCGAGACCUGUCCUAAACCCGAAGCUUAUCCCAAACUUGAGGCCUGUCCCGAACCCGAGGCCUGUCCUGCUCCUCAGACUGACAGCUCUGAUAAAGAAAACACUGAAGAGCUGCAGAGCUCAUAAAACUGUUUAUCCGUCACCAUCUCAUCCAUACUGUACAAGUUUUGUUUUGCACAUUUUAGCAUUGUUUUAAAUCUUGCACAGAGAUUAUGUAGAAGAAGAAAGAGUUAUAAUUUCAGUACAAUAGUUGGUUUAAUCUUUUAGGGCAGGGGUGCCCAAACUCUGUCCUGGAGGGCCGGUGUCUUGCAGAUUUUAGCUCCAACUUGCGUCAACACAGCUGCAUGGAUGUUUCUAGAUAGCUUAGUAAGAGCUUGAUUAGCUAGCCCAGGUGUGUCUAAUUGGAAUUGAUACUAAACUUUGGGCACCCCCAGUUUACAGUAUAUGCUCACCCCAUCCAAAAUACAGUAAUAUUGUGAACUGUUUUUGGAUUUAAAGUAACUGCUAUCUGUUUUAAAACGCAGUUAAUAUUUUAUGAUUUUUAUUUUAUAAUGGCAAAGCUAAAUGCCACACGAAUGAUCCCUCUGGUAUCUCUAUAAUAUUCAUUUAUUCAUUUUCUUUUCGGCUUUGUCCCUUUAUUAAUCUGGGGUUGCCACAGCGGAAUGAACCGCCAACUUAUCCAGCAUAUGUUUUACACAGCGAAUGCCCUUCCAGCUGCUAUGGAAACAUCCAUAAACAUACAUACACAUACACAAAUGGAUUUUUUUUUUUUUAGCUUACCAAAUUUUUAGCUUACCUAAUUCACCUAUAGUUUAUGGACUUGUGGGGGAAACCGGAGCACCCAGUGGAAACCCACGCGAACACGGAGAGAACAUGCAAACUUCACACAGAAAUGCCAACUGGCCCAGCCGGGGCUCGAACCAGCGACCUUCUUGCUGUGAGUCGAUUGUGCUACCCACUGCACCACUGUGCUGCCUAUAUCUGUAUAAUAUGCUGAUUAUUAUUAUCAAAGUUGAGAUUAGUUGUGCUGUUUAAUUUAAUUGUAUUUAUUUUUUUGUGAAAGUUGUUAUAAUGUUAAUUUCUUAAAUAAUAUAAUUACAUAAUCUUACCACAUGUUUUUGAAUACUAGAAUGGGAUAUUAAGCAGCACAAUUUUGUUUUUCAACACUGAUGAUGAACAAAAUAAAAGUUUUUUUUUUUAUUUAAAAGGUCCCUUGAUUUUCUCAAAAAAACUUUUUUGUAGACCUAAAACGUACACACUGAAAAAGAUGAUUCAAAGAUGAUUCCUUGGAUUUACUACAUUUUUUAAAGUUAAGUAGCUGUAAACAAUUUAUUUGGGCUGACUAAACAAACAAGUUGAACAUUACUAAAUUUAAUUAGUUUGUUUCAAUUCAACAUAAUUUGUUUGCAAACAUUUUGCGGACAUAAUAUUUUUCAGUGCAUCUUGAUGUUUUGCUGUUAAAAGUAUCAGACAUCAAAUGCAUGAUAGCUUUUACUAUGAAGAGGUAACGCGCUUUCGCAGUUUUAUUUUUCUGGAGUUUUAUUUAUUUAUUUAUUUAUUUUUGUUAUGUUCAUCCCACAAGUAUUUCAAUUACUUUUUUAUUGUGAACUUGAUGCAACCCGACUUAAAUUCACAGAAUCGCCUUGUAAUUACAGAAGUUUUUGGGGUAUACACAUAAUGGUAAA